AUGACGCUAAAUGACAACUCAUCGUCGUUUACGUAUGUCAUCAAGGUUGGAUUCAAGGUAUCAUUGGCAACUUAUGCGGUCUAUGUUGCAUAUAAAUGUUUCAUUAAGCCGUACUUUUCGCCAUUAAAACAGGAUAUGCCUGGGCCAGCUUUUCGUCCCGUCAUUGGCAAUCUUUAUGAUUUAUACUCAUCAAGGCCAAUGGAAAUCGAAAUCAAAUGGACUGAGAAAUACGGCAAAUUUGUACACUUUCAUAACGUAUUCAACGAAGAUAUUGUCAUGAUCAGUUGCCCCAAGGCUAUAAAUCAUGUUUUAAUCGUUAAUCACAAGAACUAUGAAAAACAGAAAGCCUUUCAGGUCAAUCAACGCCUUAUUGGAGAUGGUGUGAUGGCUUCUACUGGAAGGGAUCAUGCAAAAUAUAGAGGAAUGAUUGCACCGGCUGCUUUCAAUGCAGAUAGCAUCACUGUCAUGACUACUGUGUUCAAUAUGUAUGUAACUUCCUUAUGUCAACUAUGGCGACAUAAUCUUUCACAGAGCAAUGAUGGUAUUAUCUGUGUCCAAAAAUAUUUUAAACAAUUGACUCUUGAUAUUAUGGGUCGUUGUACCUUUGGAUAUGAGUUUGAGGCUUUAUCUGGGUGUAAUAUAGAUGCUAAGAAUAUUAGCGCAGUUUUCAAUCGUGCUGUUACCGGACAGUUAUUCGGCUUGGUACAGUUUAUACCAUAUUUUCAGUAUCUUCCUCUGGCAUGCAACCGUGAAAUUGAAGCAGGAUUAAGUGUUGUGCGUAAAGCGAUCGAUUCUACGAUAGCAUUAAAGAGAAAUUCAAGACAGAGAUCAACAUCCGAUGUCGAUCUGUUGGAUAUUCUAAUGGACAUUAAAGAUGAGACUGGUAAACCGGCAUUUACGGAUAAGCAGCUACGUGACAAUAUUUUAACAUUUAUGAUGGCAGGACGUGAGACUGCUACAGCUGCAUUGUCAUGGACGCUAUAUUUAUUAGCGAAACAUCCUAAAAUUCAGGAUAAAGCACGAACAGAGAUUCAGAAUGUACUACAACAAGAUCGUGAUCUAGCUAAUUCUGAUUUAGACCAACUGAAAUAUAUUGAAUUUAUUAUCAUGGAAACGCUUAGACUGUAUCCUCCAGUUGACGUUCUGCGACGUGUCGCUAAGAAAGAUGAUGUCAUACAAAAUUAUAAAAUUCCUGCUGGAACCCUUAUAUAUAUUGCCUUAGCUGUUUGCCAGAGGUGCGAUGAUGCAUUUCCAAAUGGUAAUGAGUUUAAUCCGGAACGAUUUAAACGUGAAGACGUUCGAGAUCAUGGGGUUUUAUCUUUUUCUAUCGGUUCACGUACCUGUAUGGGCAAAAGAUUUGCUAUGACCGAAAUGAAGAUUACUUUGGCUAAGUUAUUAUUUAAUUUCAAAUUUAGUUUACCUUCCGCAAAUCAGUGCAUUGAACCACGUCGAUGUGGUAUGUUCAUUCUGCCCAACCCAUUAAUCCAAUUAAAAGUGGAACCAAUACUUAUCUAA